GUACCAACAUGCAUAUCACGGGGGUAUUAAAACUCUCUCCACAGUUCUUGCAGCGUACUCUAGCUUGAACCUCAUAUUCUCUGCUGGUGGGGAUGAUAUAACAUCCAAUCUGGUCUCGAUCAAACCCACUGUUUGACAGCGCAACGCCUGGUAUCCACACGGUAACCUCAAUCGCGACAGUUGCAGUUGGAGGAUUGCAACCCUUUUGAGAGUAUGAUCGGCACCGGUUCAGGAAGUUGUACCGUUUACACGCAGGCGCACUGUUCAAAUACCUCAUUGCUGUUUCAGCGACAUCAAGGCAUACGGAGAUACCUCUGCAUUGUGUAUGUGAUGAAUGCUAAGUUAUGCACAGCAGCCGUCAUGAAAGCUCCGUGCGCGUAGAUAGGGCUUAUAAUAAACCAUGGGUCUCUGUUAUGUCCAAUGCUAAGCAUCUCGAUGUCGACUCGGUGCGUUACUGGAAAGCCAUGUACGUGAUUCGCCUUGCAGCUUCCAUGUCGGGCAUAAAGCGAACUCGUGGGAAUUGCGUAUGUUAGGUAGUCCCUGAACUCUCUACAUCUGGACACUGAGAACGUCCCCAUCACGCGACCAGGUUAUUCGCUCUUGAAACGAAAUCGAGCACGCCCGUUCUGCUAAUUUUAUACGAGCAAAAACAGUUGAGAUGGGACCGUAAUUGGGUUUGAGUUGUAACCAGCCAUUGAGCUUUUACAGGUGGCAGCUGUCAAAAGAUGGUGGCUUCCAACUCGCCAUUACCCAGAGCUGAAGUUCGCAUACCUAUUCGCCAUAUACUUCCACCGCCCAAAUGUAAUAUCCAAGAUACUACACUAUUAACACAAUCCUAAAAAGCAAUGCGUACGCUGAUCCACAUUUGUUUGAACAGGGCCCCCAUGACCCACAGAUAUCUUGGCCUUCAGCAGCAGUAACCAAAUCGACGAUAGCUAGAUCAACAGAAAUAAAGGGAGUGUCUCGGAAGCAUGGAGCCUAGAAUAAAUGGCACGCUGAGCAAUUUUUUCUUCCACGCGUUAACUAUCUUUCCGAUCCCGACCCAAGGCACCGGGCAUACCAUGGCAGAUGUUUUGUAGCUUGCCCUACAAGGAGUAGUACAUGCAAGGUACGUAGAGACCCUGACGUAACGCUAAUCCCUACAGUCGCGUGCAGUUGGCUACAAAGGACACUCACCUGCAGAGCGUGCACACCUCAACUGAUGUGCCACCGUUCCGUUCAACCCAAUCACAGAGGUUCAAAGUUGUGCAGUUCUGCAUAUACGAGCGACUGCAGGGAAGGUUCUUUCUGUUUCACUCCAGCAACACGAUGAUGCUACAGAGCGGAGCCCGCCGGCACCCUUGUCCUCGACCUCUGCCUGUAGUUAACUCAC